AUGGCAUUAUGGGAUUACUUUCAAGAAUACUCGAGCGAGCAUAAAGAAGGAUUGUCGAAAUUUAGUUUUAGCAUUGUAACUCAUCUUUCUGAAUUUUUAAAUUUCACUGUAACAAGUUUUCAAGCUGGGAAGUGGGAAGUUGGCGAUAAAAUUGGUCCAAUAGUGCGUGCACUGAAUGAUAGCGUAGCUGAUUUAUCUGGAACUCCCAUGACUAUGAAUCUUGCAAGGACAUAUUUGGUGAAAUUUGUUCAUCAAGAUUGGCCUUUUCGCACAUGCUUUAUUUUUCGCAAUCCUCAGCCGAAAAACAUUAAAGUCCAAGAACUUCUACGGCCACUUUCCGAAGAAGUUUGGUACUUAAUGAUUCUACUCUUAAGCUUGAGUAUGCUUGUUUUAUUAGCUAUGGUAAGACACGAUUGGGAUGCUCAAGAAAUUAUGAAUAUCACUCAUACAUUUCUAUUGAUUAUUGGAGCUCUUUGUCAACAAGGUACAGAUAUGAAAAUGAAAAGUAUGUCUACUCGGAUAGCAUAUCUUUCCAUACUAAUUUUCGGCCUUCUUAUUUACAAUUAUUAUUCAGCGGGCGUAGUUUCAGCUCGAUUGAGUGAACCAAUUGUAAAAAUAAACGAUUCGUUAAGUGAACUGGCAAAUUUACCAUUGAAAGUAUCCUCAGAGUUUAUGGUUUAUUUCGAUUUUUUCAUCAAGAGGCCUGAUUGGGAAACAACAACUUUUUACACUAAGCGAUGGGAGUUUUUGCCAGAAAGCGACCGUUUCAUGCUUCCAGAAAAGGCAAUGCAAUUGGUUCAAACAGGCCAGUAUGCUUACCAUGCUCAUCCUGAAGUCGCAUAUCCAUAUGUUGAUCGUUUUUACGAUCAUCGUGAAAUCUGUGAGCUUACAGAAGUGCAUCUGGUUAGACCAACGUGGUCGACUUUUGCUUUAACUUUUAACAGUACAAUCGUUGAAAUUGUAAGAAUCGGGUAA